AUGCAUUGGAUAACGUGUCUCUGUGGGAGUAUUUCUCGGCAUGUGGGAGAGACUUCGGAGACCGAGAUGGUUUCUGAGCUCCCUCUAUGCCACUGCAAUCUCUGCCGUUAUUCGACUGGCUUGCUCUUUACAUCUUAUCUUCCGACCGAGAAACCGAGAUCUUUUGAGAAACUGAGUGUCUUUGAGGCCCCCGAUAGUUCGUGCCGGUAUUUCUGCUCGACAUGUGGGUGCCAUAUAUAUCAAUCAUACAAAGAUCAAGACGGCGAGUUGAGGUGGGGAGUUGCCACAGGUGUUAUCACAAGAAGCGAUGAUUCCAGUGCGAGGGUGAGAUAUACGACGCAUCAAAAAGUUGAAGACACUAUCGAUGGAGGUGCUUCGAUGUGGCUUCCUCUCGAGACGCAGCAAAAUAUCUCAGAUCGUUCGCAUUCGGUGUCAUUUACACCGAACCCGAAGCAUCUCGAUGCACUCUGUGCGUGUGAAGCUAUACAUCUUCGCAUCUCACGUCCGAACGAGGCCAGCUAUUUGCCGCAUCGCGCAUACCCUGACCUAACGCAUCCUUACUAUUCUACUGAUAAGUCUAUCGCAUUAAACCCAUCAGAUGAAAAGUGGUGGAUUCAAGGAGAUAAAUACCUCGCUGGAACCUGCGCCUGUGAAUCUUGUCGUCUAGCAUCUGGUUUCGAAAUACAGACUUGGGCCUUUGUCCCCCGAGCGAACAUCUCCAUCACUUCUACAGAUGGCUCAGAAUCACAAUCAGAAUUUCCUCUGGACUUUGAGAAUGCACCACCGGGUGCCUUGAAGGCAUAUCAAUCUUCGCAAGGGGCUGUCCGUCACUUCUGUGGAGGAUGCGGCGCAACAGUAUUUUGGCGAUAUAUUUCUGAUGCAACUGUAGUUGAUCUGAGUGUAGGACUAUUUCGAGCUAAUGGAGGAGCUAGAGCAGAGAAUUGGCUUCACUGGCAUAAGGGCCGUGUAAGCUUUGCGGAAGAAGUGCAGACUCAUCGAUCUGGUCCAUUGUCAAUAGCAGCUCAGGGUUUAGCGGAUACUCUAGCGACGGGCCUGAAGAGGGGCUCUGAAGACUGA